AUGUCUGUGGACAUACCUGAUACAAUAGCAGUAAUUAUACCCGAUAGUCAACCAACAUUAACUCGAUCGUCAUCUCGUGGAAAUCGUUAUAAAAAUGGUAUCACUAUGGUUGUUCUAUUUUUUAUCAACUUAUUGAAUUACAUGGAUCGAUUUUCUAUCGCUGGUGUGUUGAAAUCAAUUGAAAAUGAUUUUCAUAUUUCGGAUACGAAAAGUGGCCUGCUUCAAACAGUAUUUGUUUGCAGUUACAUGGCUUUGGCGCCGCUGUUUGGUUAUUUAGGAGAUCGGUAUAGUCGAAAAGCUUUAAUCAUUGCUGGGGUUACUUUCUGGUCAGUGACAACAUUAGCUGGAUCAUUUGUGCCAAAUGAUUUAUUCGUUGUGUUUUUAAUCUUACGUGGACUGGUCGGCAUUGGCGAAGCAUCGUAUUCAUGCGUUGCACCGACUAUCAUUGCAGACAUGUACAAACAUGAUAUGAGAACACUAAUGUUAGCUAUUUUUAACAUUGCUAUUCCAUUAGGCGGUGGUUUGGGUUAUAUUGUCGGAUCGUCUGUAGCCAAAGCACUUGGUCAUUGGCGUUGGGCUCUACGAGUAAUGAUUUUAAUCACGAUNUCAGUGAAUGAUUUCAAUUUGAGUAUCAUAUCGAACAGAUUGUUAUGUAGUGGUUUGGGUUAUAUUGUCGGAUCGUCUGUAGCCAAAGCACUUGGUCAUUGGCGUUGGGCUCUACGAGUAACACCGCCUCUUGGUAUAGUCUGCGUCGUAUUGCUGGCAGUUAUCGUCAAAGAGCCAGCUCGUGGUAGUGCUGAUGGCGCUGCAACAACGAAACAAGAAAGUUGGGUUUCUGACGUCUCGAAGAUUUUGAGAGUGAAAAGUUUUGUUUUCACAACUCUUGGAUUCACAUGGGUUGCAUUUGCUAUUGGCUCACUUGCAUGGCACGGUCCAAAAUUCCUUCAAAUAGCUCAAAGAGGCAAAGAAACAGAAGCCAACGUGAGUCUGUAUUUCGGUAUCAUUACUUGUGUAUCAGGACUACUGGGUGUACUUCUUGGAAGUGAAAUCGCUAGACGUUAUCGAAAACGAAAUCCUCGUGGCGAUCCGAUCGUUUGUGGCAUCGCUGUACUUUUAGGGAUACCGUUCGUAGUUGCUCUGCUUCUACUUUCAAAAAGCAAUACAAUAGCGACAUGGAUCUGUAUUUUUAUCUGUCAAACACUUUUCUCUAGCAAUUGGGCACUGAUAUCCGAUAUAUUAAUGUAUAUCAUCGUUCCAUCACGACGGUCCACAGCAAGCUCUCUUCAAAUAUUUGUUAUGCAUUUGCUGGGCGACGCUUCAAGUCCUUAUGUUGUUGGCAUAAUUAGUGACUUUUUUCGAAAAGAAUCGAACGAUCCUGAUGUUCAUUGGGAAUCACUACGCAAUGGGCUAUUACUAACGCCAGCUGUUGCUUGUUUGGGUGGAAUUGCUUUCCUCUUUGCAGCGGCUUUUAUUGUGAAAGAUCGUCGCGCAGCAGAAGUUGCUAUCGAAGCAAUGAACUCAGAAAACGCCUUCCGAAUGGACGAAUCAAGUAAAGUCCACUAA